UUUGUUGUUUAGGCCAUUUUGGUGUUUGGGUGUUUCUUUUUUUCGGGCGGUCGAGUCCAGGUAAGUCCAGGGGCGGGAUAGUGCCCGGUUUUAAUGCUUAUUUUCAGUUUGGCCCGCUCGGCCGCCCCUAUGAUUAGCUGCAAUGGUCUGGCCCCGAAUUUGUCACGCCCACGCCAGCCAUGGGCAGCCGGGUCCCACCCUCAGCCCUGCUUUCGACCUCCUUCCCCUCCAGCGGUGUGGGCUUCACUCUGAGGCGUUUUUUGUAACUCUGGCCCAGUGAUUGGGCCCAACCACGGCUGCGGGUCCGUUCGGUUAAUCGUCAUUCGGUCAAGCAUUGAACGUGCAGCGGCACCGUGAGCGGUUAGCUCGGGGUUUCUCGUUUCGAUUGGAUGAGAUCAGUGUCCAUUAUGGCCGAAUCGGAGGAACACUUUGAAAAUCACGCGGACUUAGGUCCGCCCGAAGAUUAUGGCGGCCCUCCACCGCGGGCCAUGGACGAAAGAGAAGCCCCUGGUGCCCCAGGAGAGUACGAAAGCCAUCCAUCAGAAGGGUUUGAUCAACCUAGUGGCGGAGCUGACGAAUAUAAUCACGACUAUCCACCCGAAAACCCGGAUGAAUUUGGUGGUGGGGGUGGGAUGCCACCAUGGCGGGGACGUGGGGGUCCUCCGCCUCGAGGUGGACGUUUUAUGCAUGGACGUGGUGGUUUUGGCCCCCCUGGAAUGCAUGGCCCCCCUCGAGGCCAUUUUUCUGGCCCGCCACGCGGGGUUGGGCCCCCUAAUGGCUUUGGUCCGCCUAUGCGAGGUGGUCCUCGAGGGUUUGGAUCGCGAGGUCCUCCUCCCGGUUGGGGUGAUCCCAAUUUCCGACCCCCGCCAGGUAUGGGACCUCCACCAGGUAUGCCGCCAUGGAUGGGACCACCCGGUGGACCCAUGGGUCCGAAUGGUGGUCCACCUGGGUGGGGUGAGGGACCGCCUCCUGACAACUUCGGACCACCCGGUGGUGCAGGUGCUCCAAAAUCAAAAGUCGACUUGAGCGGUGAAGUGUGGAUCGAAACCAAAGUUGAAGACGGUUCCAAAGCUUACUACUAUCACGCCCGAACAAGAGAAACCACAUGGACUAAACCGGAAGGCGAUGACGUGAAGAUUUUGACUCAGGAAGAAUUGGAGAAACUGGGCCAAGAGCAACAACAACCACCCCAAGGUGGAGGUCCCGAGCAAUAUGGAAUGGGUCCGCCACCCGGUUUCAUGGGAGGCCAACCCGGCUUUGGGCCGCCAGGUGUGCCACCACAUGCCAAUAUGCCUCCUCCCGGAUUUGGUGUACCGCCGGGGGGAAUGCCACCACCGUGGGCUAUGAAUCAAGGCCCCGGGUUCGGAUCCUGGGGCAAUGAUGCCUGUCCAUGGUCUGAACAUUCUGCUCCGGAUGGGAUCAAAAAGUACUACUACAACAGUAAGACGGGCGAGUCCGUGUGGGAAAAGCCGCGCGAGCUUAUUGACUUCGAGUCAAAACAAGCAGGGAAUGACGCUCCCGGUGCAUCAAUCAGUGCUGCUCCAACUGUGGGACGUGUGGCUAAUGGUGGGUUAGGCGAAGGUGCACCCUUAGCCAUGUCGGUCGACAAGGAGCCACCUGCUGUGUCAAUGAAGCCCGAAAUGACUAAUCUAAGUUCCAUGGCCAGUCAUUCGGAAAUUGAGAAAAACUUGGCCCUUAUGGCAGCAGCUAAGCUUAGUGGUCAACCCGAGAAACCCAAAGAUAAGUCUCGACCCGUGUCAAGCACUCCCGUGGCUGGUACUCCUUGGUGUGUGGUUUGGACCGGUGACAAUAAAGCCUUCUUUUUCAAUCCAACCACCAAAACCUCCGUGUGGGAGCGUCCUCCAGAUCUAGUUGGAAGACCUGACGUUACCGAGAUGCUCAUUUCGUCGGCAGCCGCUGAAAAGCUUAAAGAGCGAAAUGCCAAUGCUUUGAAGAAGAAGAGAAGUGAUUCCGAUCUCGAUGGACCAGAAAAUGGUGCUCCACCUCCCAAGCAGAAAAAAGUCGAAACCCAGCUCGUGUUCCAAGACGAAUUAGAUAAGAAAGACGACGAGAUAUCGAUCUUAUCAGAAUCCAAGAAAUCCAUCGACAAAGGAAAAGAAGCAGCCAUUGAGGCUGAGGUUCGUGCAGCCCGGGAGAGGGCACAAAUUCCAUUAGAAACCAGAAUGAAACAGUUCAAGGAGCUCUUAACCGAAAAAGAGAUCUCAGCGUUUUCUACAUGGGAAAAAGAGCUUCAUAAGAUUGUUUUUGAUCCACGCUAUCUCCUCCUCACCUCGAAAGAACGCAAGUCAGUGUUUGAAAAGUAUGUCCGUGAACGGGCUGAUGAAGAACGUCGAGAGAAGAAAAAUAAAAUCAAAGAAAGAAAAGAGGCAUUUAAAAAGCUCUUGGAAGAGGCGAACUUGACCAGUCGGAGCUCAUUCUCGGAAUUCUCUUCCAAACAUGGAAAAGACGAUCGGUUCCGCAAUAUCGAGAAGAUGCGAGAAAGGGAGUCUAUGUAUAAUGAAUUCAUCAUUGAAGUGCGUCGCAAAGAAAAAGAUCAAAAGGCCAAGAAACGUGAGCAAGCGAAAAAAGAUUUCUUCAGUUUGUUAAAGGACACCGACUGCAUAGAUCGGCAUUCCGAAUGGAGCGAAGUGAAGAAGCAAAUUGACACGGAUCCCCGUUAUAAGCUUGUCGAGUCCAGCUCGCAAAGGGAGGAUUGGUUCUUGGACCAUAUUCAUCAUCUCAAGGACUUGCAUCGGAAGGAAAAAGAAAAGAAGAAGAAGAACCGCUCUCGAUCCAGAUCGCGAUCCAGAGAUCGGAAAAGUCGCAAGGAGGAAAAAAAGAAAGACAGGAAGAAAGACCGAUCCCGCAGUCGCUCUCGAGAUCGGAAAGAAAAGAAACGUGAUCGCAAAGAAAAGGAGAAGGACCGAAGUGAAAAAGAAGAAGGCGAAAUGUCUGACGAAGAGGAAGGGCGUUAUCGAUCUCGAGAACGAUCCACAUCCGCCCACUACGACUCGAAACCGGCUUCUCGAUCCGAUCGAGUUGAAUCCGAAAAAUCCGACCCGCGGGACGCCUCCCAGUCAGAAGCGGAAAAUGGCGAAGAUACGGGCAAAGAACUGGAAGAAGAGCGGAGGCAGAAUGAUGAUCAUGAAAAAGAAGAGAAGGAGGAGGAAGAGAGUGCGGAAAGCAAAGAGCAACGAGAAAAGCAAGAGCGCAUCGCUCAGAGUUUGCGAAAACGAGAAGAGGAAGUUCAACGUGAAUUAAGCGGGCACCUUCAUGCUCGAGAUAAAGAGCGAGAACAACACAAAUAUCAAGAAGCCAUAAGCCAUUUUCAGGCCCUCCUCACCGAUUUAAUCCGUCAUCCGGAUUUCACUUGGAAAGAGACGAAGAAGAUCCUCAAGAAAGAUAGCAGAUACGAAUCUGUUAGUUCCCUAGAGAAACCGGAGCGAGAGCGUCUGUUCGAUGAGCAUAUUGACCAUCUGAUUUUGAAGAAAAAAGAGAACUUUUGGCAAAUGAUGCGCGAGUGCAAGGCCAUAAAUUUAGACUCAAACUUCAGGGAUGUCAAAAAGCUACUCCAGGAAGAUCCUCGUUAUUCGAAGUAUUCGAGUUCAGAGCGCAAAUGUGAGAAACAGUUCAAUGAAUACCUCAAAGAGCUCUUAUCCAAAGCUAAUUUGGCAUUUCGAGAGCUUCUCAUGGAAACUAAACGGAUCACUGACAAGUCAUUUGCCCUGGCUCGUGAUAAGGAAUCAGACCAUUUGAGCGAAAUUGAACAGUUGUUGAAACAGGACAAACGCUACACAGAUUUGAACAGCUAUCCCGAGGAUCGCAAAAACAUACUUUUUGCCUACUUGGAAGAGAUGGAAAAGCGUGGCCCCCCUCCUCCGCCCACAGCCUCCGAACCGUCGAGGCGGUCCUUCAAGACCUAAUCAAAGACCGUUCUUCUGUCCGUUAGAGUGGAUAUUGUCCUUAUCCUAGUACCCGUAAUUAUAUGCUGUUACUGAAAUUUACCAUCAUCACUUCUGUACCACUGAUACUAUUGUGCUCACUUAACUAAUAAAUCCCCAUUCCUUUUGUGCCAGAGUGUGGCUCAUGAAAGAAUGAUGGCACAGCUUGAUCGCCGGAAAUGAAUUUCAUUGCCUAUUAUUUUAUUUUUUGCUCUGUCGGAAGAUUUUUCCAGAGUCUAUCACAUUUCUCGUUCCUUUCAG